AUGCGGAAGCCCACGCCGUUCCUCUUCCUCAAUGACGUCUCCACCGACUUCCUCGUCGACGGCGACCUCGGCGCCUGCCCCGGAGCCGGCCUCUGCUGGCCCGACGACUCGCUCGACAACGUCCUAGGCUACGUCUCCAUGCUCGACGACGGCUUCCUCCACGACCUCGGCCUCGACUUCUCGCUGCCGGAGAGCCGCCGCCUCCACGAUGGCAGCGACUACGCUGGGCGGCCGCAGGACCACAUGAAGCCGUACCCCGGCCCGCUGGCGGCGGCGCUGUGCGAACCUGACGCCCCCGGCGCCCGGAUGAGCGGCGCGUGCCACGUGCUCGACAGCGUGCCUGGCGGGCAGCUCCCGCAGCCGCCGCCGCAAGCGCCCUCCUUUUCCUGCAGCCAGACGUCGUCCGGGCGCCGCAGCCUCUCGCCGACGUCCGAGCCGCAGGCCUCCGACGAGGACGACCUGCGUUGGACCGUGCUGCGGAGGCCGCACCAGCGACGCGCAGCGCGCAGGCGGCACGGCUGGCCCACGUGGACCCUGGCCCUCCCGCUCGCCCUCAUCCCGCCCGCCGCCGCGCACGACGAUGAUGGCAACGACCGCAAGGACAAGGACUUCGAGCUGGCCAGCUGCUGCGACAUUGUCGGCGGCGGCGGCAACGACCUCCCGCUCCCGCGCCCGCCGGGAGCUGGGCAGAAGCGGCCGAGGAAGCAGGCGGGGAGCAAGAACAACGGGAAGGUCGUCGGCAAGACUUGCACCCACUGCCGCGCCUCGGACACGCCGCAGUGGCGCGCCGGCCCGGACGGCAACGGCACGCUCUGCAACGCCUGCGGCAUCCGCUACAAGAUGGGCAAGCUCUUCCCGGAAUACCGCCCGUCGAACAGCCCCGAGUUCAGCAGCAACGAGCACUCCAACCGCCACAGGAAUGUCGAGAGGAUCAGGCAGAGGAAGAAGCUCAAGGUCAUGGCGCCCGAGGUGCCGCUCAACCCGGAACCCCACCAGCCCAAGCUGCUCCUGCCACUGCCAGUGUGUAAAUACGAAACAUCAUAG